GCAAAUUCACCUCUAUUUUAGUUUCAAUAUACAAUUUGACUUCAAUUUUACUAUAUAUUCGAUUUGUCCCUUAUAAGCUAAAUCCUAGUUAUAAGCCCGGCUAGUUCACACUAGCUUUGAAAGGAAAUAAGCUUGAUUUAAGGUCAUAUAUUGACUAUUGAGCUGUCGAAUAUCGAAAAAUCGAAUCAAUAUAUUUCGAAUUUACAUCGAUAUCACCUACAAAAUUAGACCCUGUGGCCUGCGUCCCUGAAGCUAAACCUAAUUGAGCGAAUAAAAUUAGGUCCCUAGACGAUAUAUUUACGCUAUAAGCUACCCAAAGCGGGUGAUAUAUCAAUAUUCUUCAUACCAAGGUGCCCUAGCUUAUUUAGUCUUCAUUUUAUAUAGAAUAAAAUAAAGAGCUAAUUUAAGAAGUGGCUGGUCUAAUAAUCUCCUGAGCCAAAUAAUCGAACUUUAAAUCGAUUUAUCAUUCAAAUCCAUUUAUAUUCUAAUACUAUUUCAAUAUAAAAUAGUAUUAGAAUAAAACCAGUUUAUAAUACCAAUUAGCAUAUAAACUAAGUGCUUAAAAAUGGUUUCUGGUAUUUCUUUUAAAUUUGAUCCCUUGAGAGGCAGAUCUAAUUAUAUUGAAUGGAUUAAUAAAGCUAAGCUUUUUCUCGAAAUGAAUGGCUUUAUGCCAUAUAUCGAUGGUACAGAAACGCCACCAAAUAAAGCUCUAUACAUAGACGAAUUCGGAAAAGCUAUUUCACCUGAAUUAGCAAUCGACUAUGAAGAAAAGCUUGUAGAAUAUGAAAUAAACAAAGAAAGAGCUUUCGGAGCUAUAAAGUCUAUAAUUAGCUACGAAUUAGUCGAAAGAUUUAGUGAUAAAACUACAGCUAAAAGCCUAUGGGAUUCUAUUAAUUCGAUUUUUGGAUUAUCUUCCUUCGAGUUAAUGGGAAUAUGCCUGAAUAGAUUAACAGAAUCGAAUUAUACCAGCUCAGAAGGAAUGGAUGAAUACAUUAAUUCUAUUCAAUCAUCGUAUAGCCACCUAAAGUCGAAAUACGAUAUCCCUGAAGUUUUUAUAGCAUGGUUUCUUUUUAGAGGCCUACCUAGCUCUUUCGAUGGUUUUGUCUCCAGAAAAUACGAGGAACUAGCAAAAAAUGAAGCUAGUAUUGAUCUAAAUAAGCUUUUUUCCGGGCUAAUAUCUGAAGAAGCUAGAAUGCGAUCAAAUUUCGAAUCAAAUGCUAAUAAGGCUAGCUUUAAAAAUAAAAAUAAAGCUCCUUAUUGUAGUCAUUGUGGUAAGAAGGGCCAUUUGGAGUAUAGAUGCUUUAAAAAACACCCUAAAUUAAAAGGCAAUAGAGGGAAUAAUAAGAAGUAAUCUCAAUCGAAUUCUAACGAAAAUUCGAUUGAAGACUCGAAUAAACCUAUCUCUAGCAAGCAAAUUCACUACUAUUUUAGUUUUCAAUAUACAAUUUGACUCCAAUUAUACUAUAUAUUCGAUUUGUUCCUUAUAGCUAAAUUUGCCUAAG